AUGCUGACCCUGCUGCUCUUCCUCGUGCUCAACCACUCCGUCAUGGUCGCGGGGGCGGACAGCGACGACGACCCCGACUUCGACUUGCGCUAUGCUAUCCUUCUCGGAGGACUGUUCGUUCUCCUAGUCUACCAACUGAUCCCGAGGCGUCAACGCAAGAUCAGCUACGAGGAGCAGGCGGAUUUCGAAAAACAAUUCGACGACCCGGCGCUCCCGAACGGCGCUCGGGCGAUCAAGGGCUUCCUGAAAUAUCGCAGGGAGGAGCACUUGAAGGCGGAUGAGGAUCCAGAUCGAGAGAUUCUAAAGACGACACCUCGGGAGUAUAGCGAGGCGCUGCUGAGCAUGAUCCUGCUGAUGGCCAUCAACAAAUCCAGCCUCAAGCAUUACUACCCGGCCUCCGUAUUGCAGCUCGUCUUCGAUGAAGACACCUGGACGCUGAAGACAGGCAUCGCAAAGAAGGCCGUCACGAUGGACCUGCUGAAACGUCUGUGCCGCCGUGUCGCACGAUCAUUUGCCGCAACCCUCAACAUGUCGAUCUCGGCGUUCCUGUUCAAGCGCAUAAAUUAUUGGUCGCCGGUGGGACUGCAUGGCAAGCCGGUCCCCGGAGAGACGAGCGAUGAGCAGCUGGGGACUCUCGUCGCCGUGCAGCUUUUCUCAGAGACCGGGGUCUCGGCGGGGAUUUUCGGGCAAGACCUCUGCGCCUGGUUGCGUGCCCUCGAUGCCGAGGACGACAGCGACAGAGAGUGCCCGAAAGUCAUUGAGCAAUAUAUGGAAUCGCUGGCUGAGGAGGUCAUCGACAAGCUGGCCGAGGCUUGCUCCGACCCGGAUCGGUUUGGACCAGACGGCCCGACGCAUGCCAACCGGGAGAUCGUCAAAGCCUUCAGGGAAGGGACGCCGGAGGGUCUGCAUGGCGAGCCGGUCCCCGGAGAGACGAGCGAUGAGCAGCUGCGGACUCUCAUCGCCGUGCAGCUAUUCGAACGGGCCGCGGACCCGACGGCGGCCUUAGAGCGGGACGUCUACGCCUGGUUGCAUGCCCUCGAAUCUGAGGACGGCGGGACCAUGGCGCGCCCGGAAGACAUUGAGCAGUAUCUGGUAUCGCUGGCGGAGGAGGUCAUCGACAAGCUGGCCGAGGCUUGCUCCGGCCCGGAUCGGUUUGGACCAGACGGCCCGACGCAUGCCAACCGGGAGAUUGUCAAAGCAUUCAGGGGACGGGUGCGGCGUGACCUUGGAUGC